UAUGGCUAACUAUUAUGAAGUGCUGGGGGUACAGUCAAGCGCCUCCCCAGAGGACAUCAAGAAGGCCUACCGCAAGCUGGCCUUGCGAUGGCACCCUGAUAAGAACCCUGACAACAAGGAGGAGGCUGAGAAGAAGUUUAAGCAGGUGUCUGAGGCCUACGAGGUCCUAUCUGACUCCAAGAAGCGUUCUGUGUAUGACCGGGCAGGCUGUGACAGCUGGCGGGCUGGCGGCGGGGCCAGUACCCCCUACAAUAGCCCCUUUGACAGCGGCUACACUUUCCGGAACCCUGAGGACAUCUUCCGUGAGUUUUUUGGUGGUCUGGACCCCUUCUCCUUUGACUUCUGGGACACCCCCUUCAACAGUGACCGUGUUGGCCGAGGCCAUGGCCUGAGGGGCGCCUUCUCGGCUGGUUUUGGUGAGUUCCCAGCCUUCAUGGAGGCCUUCUCAGCCUUCGACACACUGGGCCGUGGUGGCGGCGCCAGCCGUACCACCUUCUCGUCCACCUCCUUUGGGGGCUCCGGCUCUGGCAGCUCAGGGUUCAAGUCGGUGAUGUCAUCCACCGAGAUGGUCAAUGGACACAAGGUCACCACCAAGCGCAUUGUGGAGAAUGGGCAGGAGCGUGUGGAGGUGGAAGAGGAUGGGCAGCUCAAGUCAGUGACCAUCAAUGGCAAGGAGCAGCUCAAACGGGUGGACAACAAGUAAGCAUGGCCACUCGGGCC